UCUGAGCAACAGAAGCCAAGAAGGAAGACUUCUGUCUCUUGCCAAGCAUGCACAAGCUGGUUUCUUGUCUGCUUUUCAUAGGAUGCUUACCACCUCUCUUCUCUCUGCCCGUCCCUGACUCCAGGGAAGAGGCUCUGAAGCUCUCAGCACCUGAUGGAGACGCAAGAUCAACCUUGGAUGAACUGGAAAGAGUGUCUCUCCUGCAAAUGCUGGAGACGUUAGGGGCAGAGAGAGGCGACAGUCUUAGGAAAGCAGGUCUCGGUACUGGCACUGCUAACCCGCGAGGAGGUAUGAGACAGUUUCAAGCUUUCUUUGGACAAGAUCCUAACAUUUUCCUGAGUCAUCUUUUGGCCAGAAUCAGGAAGCAAUAUAAGAAACGUGGAUCUCCCUCUGAAUGCUUCUGGAAAUACUGUGUCUGAAGUAAAAUGAACAUCUAUUAGUCAACUCAGAAACAACCACCUUAGAAAGUUAAAAAUAAAAAUGUCUGACUUGAAAACAGCAUAGAAAAAAACUAAGCAAACUACACCCCAUUCAUGACUAUUUGGAAAAAUAAAUCCUCUAUGUUUUGCAAA